AUGCCUCCAAAGCAAGUUCCGGUGACUAUUAAGCAUGGAUCAAUAAUAGAUGAAGUGCAUCAACAAAUAAAUCCAUGGAUAUAUCAGAUUACGCCGCAACUGAAGAAUACGCCGUAUUUGGGUUUUUCUGUAGCUGUAGUUGGCAUCUCUGUGGUGGGAUUUUGCUUAUGGCAGUUUUUUUUAAACAGUUGCAGGAAUGAGAAAUUUGCACUAAGACUCAUGUAUAGAUCUGCAGUGUUUGAUAUUGGGUGCUCUUCGGCUCACAGUUUCCAAUUUCACUUUUGCUAUUUGGAUUUGAAGCUGUCAAAUUGUACAAGGAUCAAAGAAAUAGGAAGGGUACAGGGAUCCUAGAAUACAUAUGUGAAGCUUCCAUAGAACGGAUGAACCAGGAAACUGUCCAGAACCAUCAACUACACUAGAUGAGUACAUGUGUGGCUUCUGCGCCUUUAACUUUACGUCCGGUCCUGCAACAGUGGUAUUACUUUGAACCAGAAGGUGUUAUUGCGCCUUCAGUUGAAGAAUCAGUUGGAGAAGCAACGGGAGAGGCGACCCGAGAAGUUGAACUUGAAGGAGAACUUUAUUCUUUGCACUGGCUAACAGGUGGAGUUUGAAUUUUACAAGCACCAGGGAGAGACAAAGCAAGAGUUUGAUUUAUGGUGAUGCCAAAAGAUGAACCACCGCCAUUAAGCAAAGAGCAAAGACACUGUGGAGAAGAUAGAACUACACUUGAAAGUUGUGAGCAACAUGAAGUUGAUGGAGUUGACAACUUCCCAUUCUGUAGUUUAGACAAGGACUCAAGGUAGUGAGUGUAGUAGUACACCCUGAUUGAGCUGCAUUUUGAGUCAUCAUAUUGGCCACUAGGGCCAUAACUAGAUACAAUAUAAACCUUUUAAAUACCAUUAGUCCUUUUAUCUUAGAACUGAUUAUGAUAUAUAUCUUUU